AUAACCACUCGAAGCAGACGACAAAUAGAACUCAGAAUUUCAGUGUUUCGUUUAUAAACAAAAAAUUGUUCGAAACAUUAUUAAAUAUUCAGCUAAAUAUGCGUAAAAAAGUUUUUUGAAACAGUGUAAAGUUGACAAUUUAAGUAAAAUAAGAAUUAACGAUACAUUGAAGAGAAAUAUUUUAAAUUAAUGAGAAAAUAUAUGACUAAUUGAAAUUAAUCGAAAAAAUUCCCACAAAGCUUCAGAAUGAAUAAGAAAAGUAAAGUCAACGAAGAUAAAGGGAAACCUCACGGAUUCAAAAGAAAAUUGCAACCUGAAAAAAUUAUCGGUGCAACCGAUUCGAGUGGAGAAUUAAUGUUCUUAAUGAAAUGGAAGGGAACUGAAGAAACUGAUUUGGUAACUGCAAAGGAGGCGAAUCUUUUGUGUCCACAAACUGUAAUUCAAUUUUACGAAGAUAGGUUAACAUGGAAUACCACGAAACCGAAGUAGAAAUUUACAACUAUUUAGGAAAAAUGGACCUAUAUUCUAGAAAAUAAUUAUUGUAUGAACGAUGGUGUAUAAGUGUAAGUCUUUUUUGAUAAGUAAUUAUUCAAAGUUUCUCUAUAAUUGUCUUUCCAUAGGGAAUAUUAUUUAUAUAUUUGUAUUUUCGACUUUCUAUUUUAUAUUGAAGUACUGAAUAUGCAUAUAAGUUUAUUUUUCAAGCCUCAUUUUGUGUUUUCUAUAUUUUUGAUAUUGACAUAUUGUAUAUAACAAUUGAGCAUUGAUUACAAGUACAACAAAUGUAAAAAAUUGCGUGAGUUUAAGCAGUGAUUACACAAGUAUACUUUGGAAGAUCGUGCCAUUGUAUAUUGUAAAAAAAAUGUCUGUUUUCCAUUGAAUUUAACAAUUUACAUUGAAACUAAUUGUCAGUCGCCUAUCGUUUUGUCAGUAAAUUCUAGUCUUACGUAAUUUAUUUAAAUUUAUACUAUUAAGGUACCUGGAUGAAAUGUUUAAAACUUUCAAAUACCAUCAUUUUUCCAUAAGUAUUUCAUCAGAAAUUCUACAUGUCAAAACAUCUGUUAACUGAUUAUUUGUAAUAAGUAUUUGAACUAUUACAACUUUUACUAUUUUUAAAGCUACAGUUAACUGGACUAUUAUUGUAAUUUCUUUUUCAAUCGACUAUUAUUAAUAAGUAUUUAUACUGUUUUUACUUAGAAAUGCAAUACUAUUAACAAGAUUUAAGUACGUAUUGAGUAUUCACAAUAGUCUUGAAUUAAAAAUGUGAAUACAUUGUGACAAGUAGUAAAGAUCUGGAUUUGUACAUUGUACUACAAGCAAAUAAAUUAUAAGGAGGAGAAGUCAAUGAAUAUUACUAUAGUUUGUAUGUAUAAAGAUGUAUGGAAAUUAAAAUUAAACAUAUAAACUUUUA